AUCCAUGUAUAUGUAUAUCUCUUCAUUUCUCUGCAACAAUGAAGACAAAAACACCAACCCUGUUACUCUCUGUUUUUGUUUUUGUUCUUGUUCUAAAUCUAUCUUCUUCAAUAUCCCAAGCCGAAGCCGCAGAUGAUAAUUCUGUCUACAGCCAGUUUCUUCAUUGUCUAUCAACACAAACCAACCAAGAUAUCUCCAACAUUGUUUAUUCUCAAACCAACAGUUCAUACACUUCGAUUCUUCGUGCUUACAUUCGUAACGCCCGAUUCAACACUUCAUCGACACUAAAACCGUCGAUUAUCGUAACCCCAGAGAGCGAAUCCCAUGUUCAGGGGGCCGUGAUCUGCGCCAAGAGACUUGGGUUUUUACUCAAAAUCAGAAGCGGCGGACAUGAUUACGAGGGUAUCUCGUACGUCUCCGACACACCCUUUCUAAUUCUCGACAUGUUCAAUCUCCGAACCAUCACUAUCGAUGUCGAAAACCAGUCUGUUUUUGUUCAAUCCGGUGCGACGCUCGGGGAACUGUAUUAUAAAAUAUGGGAGACGAGUAAAGUACUCGGCUUUCCCGCCGGAGUGUGCCCGACGGUGGGUGUUGGUGGGCAUUUUAGCGGUGGUGGGUACGGUAACAUGUUGAGGAAAUUCGGGUUAUCGGUGGAUCUUAUAUUUGAUGCCCAGAUUGUCGAUGUGAAUGGUCGAAUUCUUGAUAGGAAAUCAAUGGGGGAGGAUCUGUUUUGGGCGAUUAAGGGAGGUGGGGGUGGUAGUUUUGGGGUUGUUCUUUCUUACUCAAUCAAUCUGGUUCCAGUACCGGAAAAAGUUACAGUCUUUAGACUUGAAAGCACCAUUGAAGGGAAUGCAACUGAUUUGGUCUAUAAAUGGCAGUCAGUGGCACCAACGAUUGACAACAAUUUGUUCUUGAGAUUGUUAUUGCAGCCGGUGAGUUCGAGGAUUAAUAGCGGUCAGAGGACAGUUAGAGCAACAGUUAUUGCAAUGUAUUUAGGAAAUGCAAAGUCCCUUGUGGGUUUAUUGGGGAAGGAAUUUCCUGAAGUGGGUUUGAAAAUUGAAGAUUGCAUCGAGACUACUUGGAUUGAUUCAGUGUUAUGGUGGGCUAAUUACGACAAUGGCACCUCCCCAACUGUUCUGCUCGACAGAAACCCGGAUUCCGCGAAUUUCUUGAAGAGGAAAUCAGAUUAUGUUCGAACACCGAUCUCGAAACAGAGUCUGGAAUGGAUAUGGAAGAAGAUGAUCGAACAGGGGAAAGUUGGGUUUGUUUUCAAUCCAUAUGGAGGGAGAAUGUCCGAGAUUUCCGAAUCAGAAACUCCAUUUCCUCAUCGAAAAGGGAACUUGUACAAGAUUCAGUAUUCAGUGAAUUGGAAUGAGGAGGGUGCUGAUGCAGCAAAAAACUAUCUUAAUCAGGCAAAGAUGCUUUUCAGUUACAUGACUCCAUUUGUGUCAAAGAACCCAAGAAGAGCUUUCUUGAAUUACAGAGAUCUUGACAUAGGAGUGAUGCCAAAGAGUGGGAAUGACUUCAAAGCAGGGAGAGUUUAUGGAGAAAAGUAUUUUGGUGCCAACUUUGAUAGGUUGGUGAAGGUGAAGACUGCUGUGGAUCCGCAGAAUUUCUUCAGGAAUGAACAGAGCAUCCCUACUCUUCCAAAUAAGGCAUAGAAUCAGAGACUCUUACUACAUAAUCAAUCGAUAAGUCAUAGAAAUGUAUGUUUUGGGUUUUAUUCUUUAUCCUCUACCUUGAUUGAGAGGAUAAUCGAUUGUAAUAAUUAGAAAAAUUAUCAUGAUUGUCUUUUGAAUUUAAGUGUCAGAUGUACCCUUUUUUUUUCUUUCUCGUCAACUUAAUACUCUUAAAAACAGAGUUGAUUCUACUCUAGAA